UGCCUGCCUCCUGCUUCCGUGAAUAGUAAAAAAAAGAGGCAUCAGUGGUUCAGCGAGAGCAGUAGAAAGCAGCUGAACGUCACACACGAGGACGUGCUCUGCAACGACGAGUCAACCAGCGAUAUGGUCAGGGGAUCAACCAUCGGUGGCUUGGGAAAUCUUCACCUAACCACCAGGUAAAGAUGUUAAAAUGCCGGCCCACGGACUCACUCCCAUCCUGCUCUGCUUGUUACACGUCUCAAUUAUUCUGAGCCCAGCAACAAGUCAUCCACAUCUCAGCGAAUGUCGGCUGAUACAAAGAACGGCUCUCUGCAACGAUGCCAAACUCAGUUAUGUGCCUUCAGGAUUACCACGCAACAUAGAGGAACUUCAACUCAACUACAAUCACAUACAAACACUACAGGGCGACUCUCUGCUCCGUUACCCUUCACUAACUAGUCUGAGCUUAGCUUGUAACAGUUUGGAGAAAUUAGAAUCAAACACUUUUCAAGACUUAAGCUUGUUAAAAAGCCUCAAUUUGGCAAAUAACAACCUGCAUAUUGGUUACCCAGAAACCAGCCAGGCAUUAAAGAAGCUACCUGGUCUCAAAGUUUUGGAUCUUUCAGAGAACAAACUUGACGAUGAGAUGGCAGCCACUCUUCUCCAAAAUCUGACAUCCUUAGAGUACCUCAAUCUUUCCGGAAACCUCUUGCGGAGAUUGGACGAGACUUCAUUCAGGGACCUUAACAAGCUAAAAGACCUCAACCUGCAGAGGAACAUCAUAUUCGAGAUUGAUGAUGCCUUCGGCAGCAAUCCCAAUCUCCAGCGGCUCAACUUGGCAUAUAACAAUCUGCCUUGUCUAACAGACUUCCACAUGACCCAACUAGUGGUCCUCAAUGCCAGCCACAACUUCAUUGACUGGUUCAUCUCCAGACAAGACCUAAAUGACACUUUCCAGAUAGAGACACUUGAUCUAUCAGAUAACAAACUGCUAUUCUUUCCUUUCUUGCCCAGCCAUAGUCACUUACGCAACCUUUACCUGUCCCACAACAGCCUUAGGUUCUACGAAAACCUGGCAGACAAUGCCAAGUUCCCAAACUCAACCACAACUGUUGAGUUCUACAACCUGAGGAGGUAUGCAGGCAAUGUGACUGUGGAGUUGUGGGAUGACGGUCUUCAUGGUAAUGUCUCUUCUCUAGAGAUUUUGGAUCUAAGAGGAAACCAGGUGGAGUAUUUCCCCCAUGGAUUCAUCCAGAAAAUGCCUGUUCUGUCAAGACUUCGAUUGUGCGACAACUGUCUGGAAUCCUUAAAUCUAACUUCUGAACAGUUCUCUGGCAGCUUGUACGAGCUGGACAUCAGCAACAACAGGCUGAACCAGGUUGUAGCAGAUGAAGGGACGCUGACAGUUCUUGGCAAUCUGACGUACUUUAACCUGAGCCUGAAUGAUCUUGAGUGGUUACCCUCAAGAUUGUUCGCCUCACUGACAAGCCUCAGGUCGGUGGAUCUCAGCUACAACAACAUUGACAUUUGUCUCUCUGAGGAAGCUGAGAUCAGUACAGACCCUGUCUCAGAUUGUGUGGAUUGGAGAAAUGUUGUGUCCCUUGGGCAGCUUUACCUCAAAGGAUGCAACCUUAAAUUAAUUCCAUCGUCUGCAUUUGCAGGGUUGUCGCUAACACACCUGGAACUGUCCGAUAACCCUGGACUUGUCCUACAAUCAAUACAAUGCCUCAGCAGAACUUUGCAGCAUCUAGGUUUGGGAAACACACACAUACAAGACUUUGACUUCUCCCAUUUUAAACAUCUGACGUUUUUAAACAUUUCAAAGAACUCUCUCGCACACCUUUCCCAUUCACUGUUAAAUCUUGAUCUGAAAGUGCUCGACUUGAGGGACAACAGACUGUCCACUAUCCCCCAAGGUCUGGCUAAUGCAUUAGCUCCAAACCUUCAGAUUGUUUUCCUCACAGGAAAUCCUUUCAACUGCUGCCAAACAGAAUGGUUCAGGACCUUUGAAUCAAACACAAUCAAAAUGGUUGGACUAUCAGACAUCGAAUGUGAAGAUCCCUUUGAAAUGCAAAAACUGCAGCACUUAGAGUUAUCUGUGUGUUUUAACGAAGGUGGGGAAUCUAUAUUCUGGUACAUUCUGCUCUUUGUAUCCAUAUGUCUUUCAUUUUUUGGCAUUUCAGUUGUUGCUCUUCUCACGUUCAAGCCCAAAAUGCUGAAACAAUCUAUUAAAAAGAGGUGUCUGAAGUCUACAUCCUACUGAAAACCUAAAAUAAAACUGUAAUCUCAACAGCAUAUUACUGAGAAAUGUUGACUGAAUGUAUUUUGGUAAUGAAUUGAAUUAUUUGUAAAGUGUCUGCAUUAAUGAAGGAGUAAUUGCAAAGAGUAUGUAAAUAACAUUGUGUUGAGUUUUUUUCCCAUUGCUUUGUUUUGUUCAUUGAAGUGUGGUCCUAUAAUCCUGACAUCCUUAUGUCAAACUGUGGCUGCGUUCUUGUGGGUACAUGCGUGUGCUUGUGUGAGUGCAUAAGCUUGAGUUUGGGUGUAUGUGUGUCAACAUAUGCAGAAGUAAUGUGAUGCAAUCUGUUGCUAUAAGCAGCAGAGGAAACAUGAAAUUUCCUGUUUUGCUAAGAUGUGCAGCAACUGCCCAGUUCUGUAUCUCGAGGAGGAGGGGACUGAGGUUUUCCUGCUGGUGGCACUCAGAUAAAACAUGAAGUUCCAGGGUGUCAUUUCUCCUGAGUAGAUGGAUCCAUAUUUUGAUGUUUGUUAGUAUAUUCUGCUGUACCCUUGUCAGAAAACACAAUGACUGGCCACUAAGUUGUAACAAAUAAGUCCAUAGACCACAUGAGCAUUAACAGGGGCAGCAUUAGCCAUGUGUCAGACACAGGGCAAAGACAAUGCAUGCCUCUCCCUUUGUGUUCAUGUGUGCAGUUGCUCAAGAGCAGGAGUAGAUCAGCAUGUCGCUGUAGCAGAACACCGGAGGCCUAACCAGAAUGUAACCAGAAUACCGCUGUGGUGAUGCUCAGGGUCAUGGUGGUUGGAGCUUUAAAAAAAGAGAAAGCCUCAAAUUUUUACAUGUUUUUUACAAAACAACAUUACUGCUCAGCAGAGGGGGCAAAAGCACUCACAUUCUUUAC